AUGCCUUACAACACAAUGGAUAAUGACAAUGAGUGUGAAUUCGCUGUAUCUGCCCGGUGUGGUGUCAACACAGAAUGUCACAACACGUUCGGGAGUUUCUACUGUACCUGUAAGAAAGGAUACUCCACACACUCAGGAGUAACUCACUUCACCACCACUACACACUGCCGAGAUAUUAAUGAGUGUGAGACAGACCCGUGCGGUUCACAUGCAACAUGCACCAACACAUUUGGAGGUUUCUAUUGCACCUGUAAUAGAGGAUUUGUCUCAACCACUGGAGGACACACCUUUACUGAUAAAACAGUCACUCAGUGCAAAGAACUAAACAGGAUCAACACAAAACCAUGCAGCUCGAACAAUUUUACAAAGGCAGGACAGGUAUCCCUUAAGUCUUUCCACAUACUUUGUUCAUGGAUUAACUCCACCAUUGAUCAGAUUACUCAUCAGAAUGUACAGGUCAGUCGUGACACACUCUCCAUUCUAUCAGGCGUAGAAUAUCGGAGCCGGCGACAGCAUUCUGAAACCAUUUCAAACUUGAGUGAUAUUUUAAGGAAUUAUUCCUUGUGGGAAAACAUGGAAAAGGAACAAAGACUCUUUUCAUGCUCCACAUUCCUGAAAACUAUGGAAAAUGCAGGCAUUGUUGCUGCUCUGAAUUUAUCAAAUCAGGGAAUCAAAACGAUAUCAAGUGAAAGUAUCAAUAUGGAACUGAAGACUUUUAGAGGUGCAAACAGAAUCCAUUUACAAGUAAAUGACACAGUGAUGGAUAUCAACGAACUGACACAUAUCACAGGAAAUACAACUGCAUUCAAACCCCGGAUCCCCAGCACAUUACCUGGGUUCCUGGAUCAACAGUUCAGUGAUAAUACCAUGAGGCCAUUGCCUCCCCUGUUUGGGCUCCUGUCAGAUUUUCAAGCUCAACUUACAAUGGUAGGUUUGAUUGUCUACAAGGACAUGGACUCCAUUCUGAAUGGAAGUGAGUUCCACAGCACCACUGGUGGAAACCUGAAGCCGUUUCAUUUACUCUCUGAUGUAGCUUCAGCUGUGAUUACCAACAGGGACAACAAUGGACUUGACCCAACAGUGAGCAUUAUCUUCAAGCGCAUGCAGCCAGCUAACAACGAUUGGGCAAUGCACUGUGCUCAUUGGAAUUAUGAAGCUGGCACAAGCUACUGGUCUCCCAGUGGGUGCAGUGUGGGACGUUCCAAUGGAACACACACUCAGUGUCGAUGCAGCCAACUCUCCACCCUGGCACUGCUAAUGUCUCCUGUUGGAUGGCAGGACUAUCCCUUUGCCUUGACGAUAAUUACAUUGGUUGGAAUUCCAAUUUCUCUGGUGUGUCUUGGAAUCACCAUUGUGACCUUUGCCUUCUGCACCAAUUUAAGGAAUGCUCUAUAUAUCACGCACAUGCAGCUGUGCGUGAGUCUCUUUCUGGCAGAGCUGCUUUUCAUUGUCGGGAUCAACAGAACCAGAAACCAAGUGAUAUGUGGGAUUAUCGCAGGAUUUUUACAUUACUUGUUCCUGGCUGCAUUUGUUUGGAUGUUUCUGGAGGGAGUCCAGCUCUUUCUCAUGGUCAGAAAUAUCAGGAAUUUGAGGGUUCCCCAAACAGAAAAAACUGAAAAGUUCAUGAACCUACUUGGCUACGGGGUCCCAGCAAUAAUUGUGUUCAUUUCCGCUGCAGUGUAUCACAAAGGCUAUGGCUCACCCAGGCACUGCUGGAUCUCCACAGACGGAGGAUUCAUCUGGAGUUUCCUGGGACCUGUGUGUCUGAUCAUUCUGAUCAACACAGCUCUGUACCUCACAAUACUCCUGAUAUUGAAAAGAGAAAUUUCCAAGCAGGACACUCAAGUGUCUAAACUUCAGAAUACAAGGAUGCUGACAUUUAAAGCCAUUGCUCAGGUGUUUCUCCUGGGCUGCACUUGGAUUUUUGGUUUGUUCCAGUUUCAGGAAGAGCCCGGUGCAAUGACCUAUUUAUUCACCAUCAUCAACAGUUUCCAAGGCACAUUCAUCUUCAUCCUCCUCUGCAUACUAAAUCCCAAGGUGAGAGCUGCUUAUUGUAAUUACUUCACCAGGAUGUGUAAGACAAUGGACACAGUGGCCUCAGAGGAGGAUAAAACCAAUGCAAUGACGGUCUUAUCGAUCUCAAAGGACUGAAGAAACUUCAUUUCCCUCAGUGGCUGAGACAGAUGAAAAUGUUAAUGCCACCAUCAUCUCUGACACAGUGAUCGAGGAACCACCAAACACUGAAAUGCUUAGCAGUUACUGAGGAAACAUGCCAUUCAGUCAAACAAGUUUACCCUCUGAGAGCAAUUGUUCUAUAUACAUUUACCCAUUUUUCACUGAUGUCCUUACAACUCCAAUCCCCUCAGCCACUUAUUGAACCGAAUCUUAAAUAUUGCUGCAAUAUUAAGCUCAAACACACAUCUUGUUAGUGAAUCCCAGUCUCACAAACUGAAGAGGUUUUUCCUGCACGCUGACUUAAAUAGGAAAGCAUAGCGGCCCUGCACCGAACAAAUAAUUCAAAGGCCCAGGCUGAUGUUCUGGAGACUUUCUGUGAGAAAUACCAAAAUAAUGUUUUGUUUGAGAAAAGCUUCCUCAUUUCCAUCCUUAAUGAACGAGCUUAAAUGCAUUUGACACCAUGUGAGAUUAAGCAACUCACUUGAUUGGCAUGCUAACCACUUUCAACAUUCAUUCCCCCACCAAUGCAUAGUGGCAGCGGUGAACGCUAUCUACAAGAUGUUCUGCGAGUAACUCAUCAAGGUUCCUCCAAAGGCCACUUCUGAACAUUAUCUACAUUGAAGGCAGCAGCUACAAGGGAACACCACCACCUCCAAUUUCCCCUCCAAGCUACUUACCACCCUGACUUGAAAAUAUAUCAAUGCUCCUUCACUGUCACUGAGGCAAAAACCCUAGGACUGCAUCCCUAACAGUACUGAGGGUGUACCAACAUCAGACAGGCUGCAACGGUUGAAGAAGUCAGCUCACUGCCAGGUGGACAUCCAGCUGCUUCUUAAAUGUUGGCUUCUCAGAUGUUGCAAUAGUAUUGCCUCCACCAUUCUCUCAGGCAGGAUGUCCAUACUUCUACCACGCUCUGGGUGAAAAAGUUCUUUCUGAGAUCUCCUAAAUAAUUAUUUGUUCAUCACCUUAAACCUAUGCCCUCUAUUCUGAGAUACGUCUACCAUGAAGAAGAGAUUCUUAAAAUCUAUUCUAUUCUAUCUAUAUCUGUCAUAAUUUUGUGUAGCUCAAUCAGAUCCCCUUCAGCCUUUUGUGCUCCAAGAAAAAUGAAUCCAGCUUAUCGAGUCUCUCCUCAUAACUGACACUUUACAUCCCAGGCAACAUCCUAGUGAGUUUCCUC